GCAUAAGUUUAGCAGUGUGGCUAGGGUUAGGUUUAAAAUCAGAUUUUGAUAAGAGAAAUUGUAGGCGGGGUUUAGUCAUACUAAUGGACACGCUCGACAUUGCAGCCGACUUUAAAGGCGAGUCGAGACUGACUGAUUUACAAAUUCCCUUGCAUCCUAAAUAACUGCUCAAUAUUAUUGAUCGAUUAGUCAGUCAUUCACAAUUAACCCAUGAUACACCCCGGUUUUGACGCUCUCGAAUACGGCCUAUGGCUAUGGUUGUGGAAACUAGUGACGACCCGGAAGUAGAGCUGUUAAAUUUAUCAACAAAGGGCAAAACAUAAAUCCAGCUGAUCAAUCAGUCGGCUGUCAUACCCGAAUGUAACUUCAAUUUGUACAUUGUAGAACAUGGCAACGACUCCUCAACUAUUCGAGGAGCCCUUUGAUGCAGAUGAGUACAUAGAGAGGUUGGCCUGGAGAACCCCUGGAGGAGGGUCCAAAGGCGGAGCUGAGGCAUUCGACCCCAAAAGGCUGCUGGAGGAGUUUGAGAACCACAUAGAGGAGCUGAAGCAGCUAGAUGAGAAGAUCCAGCGGCGGGUGGAGAAGCUGGAGCACCAGUGUCACAGAGAGGCCAAGGAGUUUGCCCACAAAGUGCAGGACUUACAGAGGAGCAACCAGGUAGCCUUCCAGCACUUCCAGGAGUUGGACGAGCACAUCAGCUAUGUGGCCACCAAGGUGUGUCACCUUGGCGACCAGCUGGAGGGCGUGAACACGCCCAGGCAGAGGGCGGUGGAGGCACAGCGUCUCAUGACCUACUUCAAUGAGUUCCUGGAUGGGGACCUGCGCAGUGAUGUCUUCAACAACCCAGAGAAGAUUAAGGAAGCUGCUGAUAUCAUUCAGAAGUUGCAUCUCAUAGCGCAGGAGCUGCCGUUUGACAGGUUUGCAGAUGUCAAAGCCAAGAUUGCAAGUAAAUACCACGACCUGGAGCGCCAGCUGAUCCAGGAGUUCACAGCGGCCCAGCGUAGGGGCGAGAUUGGACGCAUGCGGGAGGUCGCCGCAGUCCUCUUACAUUUCAAGGGCUAUGCACACUGUGUAGAUGUUUAUAUCAAGCAGUGUCAGGAGGGAGCGUACAUGCGUAGUGAUGUGUUUGAAGACACGGCCAUCCUCUGCCAGCGAGUCAACAAGCAGGUGGGAGAGGUCUUCCAGAGCCCCGAGACCGUCAUGGCCAAACUCAUCCAGAACAUCUUUGAGAACAAACUACAGGCUCACGUGAAAGAGAAGCUGGACGAGACCCGCCGCUCUGACAUAGAACAAUACCUCAAAAACCUCUACGACCUCUACACCAGGACGACAGCCUUGGCAUCCAAGCUAACAGAGUUCAACCUGGGCUCAGACAAACACACGUUCCUGUCCAAGCUCAUCAAGAACAUCUUCUCCACCUAUCUGGAGAGCUACAUUGAAAUGGAGAAGGAUUACCUACGCACACGCAGCGCCAUGAUCCUGCAACGCUACUACGACUCUAAGAACCACCAGAAACGCCCACUGGGUGGGGGCAGUAUCCAGGAGCUGAAGGAGCGGAUCAGACAGCGCACCAACCUGCCAUUGGGGCCCAGCAUCGACACCCACGGGGAGACCUUCCUGUCCCAGGAGGUGGUGGUCAACCUGCUGCAGGAGACACGCCACGCCUUCGAGAGGUGCAACAGGCUCUCAGAUCCCUCGGACCUGCCCAAGAACGCCUUCUCCAUCUUCCUGCUGCUGGUGGAGCACCUGUGUGUGGACCACAUUGACUACGCACUGGAGAUCGGACUUUCUGCUAUUCCAUCAGCUGAUGCCAAGAAUGCCAACCUUUACUUCCUGGAUGUAGUUCAGCAGGCCAACACCAUCUUCCACCUGUUUGAUAAGCAGUUCAAUGACCACCUCAUGCCUCUUAUCAGCUCUUCUCCCAAACUGACAGAGUGCCUGCACAAGAAGAAGGAGGUGAUUGAACAGAUGGAGGUGAAACUGGACACCGGCAUAGACAGAACGCUGAACUGCAUGGUGGGACAGAUGAAGCACAUCCUGGCUACGGAACAGAAGAAGACAGACUUCAGGCCUGAAGACGAGAACAACGUCAUGAUCCAGUGCACCGCAGCCUGCUCCAAGGUGUGUGUGUACGUAAGUCGGCAGGUGGAGCGUGUGCGGAAGUCCAUGGACGGUAAGAACGUGGACACAGUGCUGACGGAGCUGGGUGUGCGUUUCCACCGCCUCAUCCACGAGCACCUGCAGCAGUACAGCUACAGCUCCAUGGGAGGCAUGCUGGCCAUCUGCGACGUGGCCGACUACCGCAAAAGUGCCAAGGACUUCCGGGUUCCUUUGGUGCUGCAGCUCUUUGACACGCUCCACGCCUUGUGUAACCUCCUGGUGGUCGCCCCCGACAACCUCAAACAGGUUUGCUCCGGCGAGCAGCUCACCAACCUGGACCGGAACCUUCUGCACGCCUUCGUCCAGCUGAGAGUGGACUACCGCCAGGCCAGACUGGUACGCCACUUCAGCUAAUGGCCCUGGUCUAUGGGUCACUGUCCAGCCCUCUGUCUGUCCGUCCAUCCAUCCAAUCACCAGGCCCUAUGAUUUUACAAGAUUCACCAUGGAAACAGAAUUCAGCCAACCUGGAUGGAGUCUUCUCUGUUCUGAGUUAGUCUUUCAUUCUCAUCUGCAGUAGCACUUUUGCUUGUUUGUCCGUCGUAGAGGCCAAGAAAGACCACCGCCAUUCAAAGUUGGGCUACCUGCAUUUUUCCCUUGAUUUCUGCAAUGCAAAGAUAUAUUGACUGAGCUCUCUUGUUUUUAAAUACUAAUCAACCAAACCACCAUAGAAGAUUUUGUCAUAUUGCCGGUAAUAUGGACCUUGAUUUCCAAUAUUUCUACUUUAAAAUAAAGAGACGUUUUGAUUGUGCCAAAUAUAUGUUCUGUGGCUGCACUUGUCCACAGGAACAAACUCUAAAGCUGCAGUAAAGGGAAGGUUGAACUCUGCAUAGCUCAGGCAUGUCAUGGCAAUGACUGACUGGAAACAGCCACCCCUCAGAGAACUCCCAGAGGAAUCUACUUUACUCUCACCACCAUUUCUCUCAUAUCGCUCUCCCUUAUCUCUCUCUUGCUCUAUCAUACACUAUAUGUACCAAAGUAUGUGGACACCCCUUCAAAUGAGUGAAUUCGGCCAUUUCAGCCACAGCCGUUGCUGACAGGUGUAUAAAGAUGAGCACACAGCCAUGCAAUCUCCAUAGACAAACAUUGGCAGUAGAAUGGCCUUAUUGACAAGCUCAUUGACAUUCAACGUCAUAGGAUGCCACCUUUCCAACAAGUCAGUUUGUAAAAUGUCUGCCCUGCUAGAGAUGCCCCAGUCAACUGUAAGUGCUUUUAGUGGGAAGUGGAAACGUCUAGGAGCAAUAACGGCUCAGCCGUGAAGUGGUAGGCCUCUAGACUAUUCUGUGCUUCCAACUUUGUGGAAACAGUUUGGGGAAGGCCCUUUCCUGUUUCAGUACGACAAUGCCCCCGUGCACAAAGCGAACUCCAUACAAAAAUGGUAUCUUGUUAUCGGUGUGGAAGAACUUGACUGACUUGCACAGAGCCCUGACCCCUUAACCCUAGCGAACACCUUUGGGAUGAAUUGGAAUGCCGACUGCCAGCCAGGCCUAAUCGCCCAACAUCAGUGCCUGACCUCACUAUUGCUAUUUUUGCUGAAUGGAAGCAAGUCACCGCAGCAAUGUUCCAACAUCUAGUGGAAAGCCUUCCCAGAAGAGUGGAGGCUGUUAUAGCAGCAAAGGGGGGACCAACUCCAUUUUAAUGCCCUUGAUUUUGUAAUGAGAUGUUUGAUAAGCAGGUGUCCACAUACUUUUGGUAAUUUAGUGUAUCUCUCCAUAUCUAUAUCUAACCAAGCCUGAUAUAGAGCUCCGCUGUGCCUGGCAGAUAGUCACAUGACCACCUCUCUCCGACCCCUGACCUCAGGGCAGAGGUGAGGGGUCAUCACACUGCGCUGUGAUCCCAGCCGUAAGCAUGUCUGAGAACCACUCAGAGGUCCUGGGUGGUCUGUCUGUGGCUGGGAUGAUGGGUAAUUGCCUAGAUCGACACCUGUUCAUCCACAGGGGCUUACGAUCCAUGCUUUGUGGCCUGGAUCCAUCCUGAAUCAGGGUCAGGACACAGUGAAAUGUUGCUCUUCAGUGCUUAAGGAGAUAAUGAGUGAAAGUUAAGUGGACUUCACAGGGUAUUACGGGAGGCCAGGGAGGGUCAAGAUCAUUGUGCCUCGGCUCUCACAUGGUGAUCAUUGACUGUCAGUGUCAGUUAAGAUCAAACCUGAAGUUCUAUUGUCUUAUGAUAGGCUGUUCCCAGUGUACUGCUCUUGACCUUAAUCAAUGAUUCAUAAAAAAGUUUUGUUUAA